AUGGAAGCAGUUAACGGGACGUGGGUGAGUGGGUUUGUCCUCCUCGGCCUCUCCAGCGAUCGGGACACUCAAGUCUCCCUCUUCGUCCUGUUCUUGGCCAUGUACGUGGUCACAGUGCUGGGGAACGUUCUCAUCGUUCUUCUGAUCAGACUGGACAGCCGCCUGCACACUCCCAUGUACUUCUUUCUCACCCACCUCUCCCUGGUGGACGUGUCCUAUGCCACAAGCAUAGUUCCUCAGCUGCUGGCGCAUCUCCUUGCAGAGCAUAAGGUGAUCCCAUUCCUGAGCUGUGCAGCCCAGUUGUUUUUCUCCCUGGCCUUGGGUGGUAUUGAGUUUGUUCUGCUGGCAGUGAUGGCUUAUGACCGCUAUGUGGCGGUGUGUGACCCGCUGAGGUACUCUGCCAUCAUGCAUGGGGGACUGUGCACUAGGCUGGCCAUCUCCUCCUGGGUCAGCGGCUCCAUCAACUCUCUCAUCCACACUUCCAUCGCCUUUCAGCUGCCCAUGUGCACACACAAGUCUAUUGACCACAUAUCCUGUGAAAUUCUAGCUGUGGUCAGGCUGGCCUGUGUGGAUACCUCCUCCAACGAGGUUGCCAUCAUGGUUUCCAGCAUCGUCCUUCUGAUGACCCCCUUCUUCCUGGUUCUGCUCUCCUACAUCCAGAUCAUCUCCAGCAUCCUAAAGAUGCAGUCUGCAGAGGGCCGGCGGAAAGCCUUCCACACCUGUGGCUCUCACCUGACGGUGGUGGUCCUGUGCUACGGCAUGGCCAUUUUCACCUACAUCCAGCCCCACUCCAGCCCCUCUGUCCUGCAGGAGAAGUUGAUCUCUCUCUUCUAUGCCAUUUUGACCCCCAUGCUCAACCCCAUGAUUUAUAGCCUAAGGAAUAAGGAGGUGAAGGGGGCCUGGCAGAAACUCCUAGGACAGUUCUCUGGGCUAACAUCAAAAAUGGUAAUUGGAUGA